AUGCUCUUCGAUGGCACCCAAUUACGCCGUUUAUUUGGGACGCGGAGGAGGAGGUUAUGGACACUUGCCAUUAUUUUCACUUCUAUACACGCCUGCGUGUUUUUGGCGUAUAACAUUUGUUCAGCUAUCAACACGAAUCAUGAGUAUGAAAAAAAAUAUAAUGCAAAAUAUUCACAUCUUUUAUUAAUUGCCACUAUCGCAGAGAGAGUGGCUUAUUUUGGUAUGUAUCUCGUGAGCAUAUUUCUCACGGUUACCGGAUUUUGGAAGAGAAUUCGAUUACAAUCCGGGGCGUUGCCAAUCUACCUUAUCUUUUUCCUUAACGAAGGCGUUUCGAUGAUGUUUGAGGCAAUCAUGGGCGACUUCACGGCGUCCAACUUGGGUUUCGGCCUCGGCAUUCUGGUGACGUCAUCGAUGGUCAUGGUCGUGUAUCGCAAGCUGUACAACGACAUAUUUCAGGGCAAGGUGCCCUGUCCGUGUUGUGGCGUGGAAUUUUGGGUGGCA